GGCGGAACUUGCCACAACUCGGCAAGCGACGAGCAGGAAUCAGCUGAUUUAGUAGCUUCUUCCAUCCCUGGUUUUGAUUGCUUCAGGACAAGCAGAGGACUAGAAGAGAGAGUGAUAGUUCGUGAGAGAGGACGAGAAAAAGACAGUUUAUUUCUUUGAAGAGAGUGGAAGGACAUCGAUCAAUAACUCAGGAUGUGCAUGGACAAAUCGGCCGUGCCUGCGAAGAAGAUCUGGCUCGCAAUCGCCGCCCGCGUCGGUAUCCGCCCAUCAGCUGGGCUGAGGAAUCUGAGGAAGGAGGUGAGGACGUGCGAGUACCGCGACGUGCACGUCAUGUGGGAGAUGCUCAGGGAGAUGGGCUCCCCUGCGGCGCCCCUGGAGGAGAAGGAGGCCGCCGCGGCCGCGGCUGUCGCGGCUGCCGCCGGCGCCAGGAAGAAGAAGGCGGCGUGGAGGCGGUUGGCCUACUACUGCUGUGCGUUCUGAUGUCGAGGAACUGACGAACGAGGAAUAUGGACAGUUGGGACGGCGUCGUCAGAGUUUGAGCAGAGAGGCCAUGUGUAGAUAGAAACAGCAUUGGCCCUUUCACAGGUUGUUCAAAUAGGCAGACGCGGGAAAUAAGUGCAUAGGUGGAUCCUGAUGUUCCAAUGGAGAUCGUCGACAUGCGCAAACAUAGGAUGCAGAUGA